AUGGCGGAGUCGCACACUCCCCAGCUUGACACGAGCACCGACGUGCCUGCGCCGCCCAUCGCCGCAGCGUUUCUGGUAAAUUUCGACCAUCGGAAAGGUUACACGUUGACGUGGUACAAAUCCAUCGAGGGCGUCCAAAUCGAAGGCACAGUCGAAUUUAAAUCCCUACCUUCUGGACUCCACAACGUCGAAGAGGACUUGGUAUACUUCAUUCACAAGGACUAUGCCGGGCUCAGUGCGUUCUUGAAUGUGCCUGAUGAACAUGCGGAGCGCAAGGCACGUAUGCUGGCCAUCGGCGUCCUUGUCCCUCUUGAACAUGGCAGGAUGGGCCGUAUCUGGCGCCAUGCUGAAACCUUAAAAAGCCUAGCAAGGUCUCAAAUCCAGGAUGUUGCUGAUACAUCUCAAUUAGAACACUAUUGGGAUACAACAAGGCUGGAUAGUGCGGAACUAAUAUCCGAGGCUCCCAACGAGUCAACAGAUUCCUUUGGCAAGAUUGGUGGUUACCGGAAAUCGAGGUCUAUGAGUACUGCGACCAACUAUCUCCACUCAGCACAUCAUUUGACACCCCAUCAUCCUGCAUCGAAUUUGUUGGCUUCUGUCCAAUUGUUCGGGCCGUUGGUUUUUCCACUCUUCAGAGCUGCCUUGCUCCGUAAAAGGAUACUGAUACUUGCUGAGGCCCCUGUCGAGUUCAGCUGCGACCUAGUGUAUAACAUUUCCAUUCUAUCAUCAUUGUCGAGAUCCCUGUUAUCUCUGCUACCAGAUUCAAGCAUUGACCUGACAAGGCUUCGUCCUUUAUUUACUAUUGGCGUUUCAGAUAUCGACCUGAUGAAGGCCGCAAACCCUAACCCCAAAGACAUUUCCGAAACACAACAAGGCUGGAUUGCCUGUACAACAGAUGAUGUUCUGAGCACGAAGCCAGACCUGUAUGAUCUCCUCGUUCUAAUGCCCUCCACAGAAAAUAACUAUGCUCGGAGGAAGGUUUUUCCUCGGCUGAUUGAAUCUACGCCGUUAUUGACCAGGAACUUCCCUCAAUUUGGACAAAAGUCGACUCAGCGAGAUUUCCAUCGUUAUGUGCAUCUACAGCAAGGGCUCGAACAAUUCCCCUCCGGCCGUGCCUCCUCGGACGGAGGUGGUGAAAGUGAUGAAAGCUCCUCAUUGGACGCUCACUCUUCAGCAUACAUAGAAAACAAGCACGUCGUAGAACCGCCGUCUUGGUCGCGAGUUGCCUACACUUCUUUGGUCUGGUGGGCUUCGGCUGGUGAUCGCCGAGGUGGAUUUUCAGAGAUGGAAGAAAUCGAAAUGGAGCGAGAUUUAUCACUCUUGCAGAAUGAUAGUGAUGAAGAGCAGAUCAGAGAGGUUGCAUUAGUUGCAUAUUUUCACCGAUUAACCAAUCUUAUCUUCACAGUUCUUGCCGAAGCCAUCGCUCGAGCAGAUGGACGAAACUCUGACAUUGAUGAAUCGGAACACGAGGAGUCCGGAGAAGACACUACAGUUGGGGAGAACUCUGCGGAGCGCACUUCCUCGCUUGGUGGCGACGAGGACGACGAUACCCAGCCUCUUCUCUCAGAAUCAGGCAACCUCCAGCACGUUGAAAUUACCCAGGACGACAUGACGAACAUGGGGUUGGACAGCUGGAGUGCGUCCGAUAAGAUAUUCGUCGAGAAUAUGAUCUCCCUGUGGUGGGGCAGAAAAGCUGAUGUUCGAGCAGCAUCAGUGGAGUGUUGUGGUCUAAGAAUACUAUGA